AUGGAUCACAGUACAGACCCCCUUCCCCCGACCCCACCCCAUUUCACGGCCCGAGAUCCUGAGAUUCCCAGAGUCAAAGUUGUUCUUGGGGGUCCUCUGGCUCUGGCCAAGCUGCUGCGUGUUGAGUGGCGAGGCUCGGCAGGGGGCGGACUGGCCCUGAUGAGGCGGCAGGAGAAGAGGCGUCUGCAGGUGGUGGCUGUGGUCUUGGCGGCCCUGGCCUUCCUGCCCAACGUGGGGCUAUGGGCUCUGUACCGCGGGCGGCAGCCCGAUGGCACCCCCGGGGGGUUCAGGAGCCGCGCUGGUCCCCGCGGCAGGACAGGUCUGGUGGGCUCCUUAGGUAGUGAGUGCAAUGAUCCUCUUGGAGCUUCAGGUCCCUUGGAUGGGGUAAAAGGUGAAUUUCUGGUUUUUGAGGAACUUGCCACCCUUGACUCUCCAGGAGCAGUAGAGAGGAUCCUCAAGCUGGACCUGAUGGUGCGCGACGAGGACGGGAACACCCUGGACCUGGGCCGCACCAGCGUCAUCAGCCUCUUCCACGCUCACGAGGCGGCCACGGAGAAGAUCACCCAGUGCAUCAAGGAGGAGAUGGUGCACAUGGGCGCCGGCCGUGGGCUCUGCAGCGAGAACUACCUGGUGCGCUGGGGCAGCCGCGGCUUUCCGAAGGAGAUCGAGAUGCUCAACAACCUGAAGGUGGUCUUCAUGGGCAAUCCUGGGAUUGGGAGGGUGGCACAUGGUGAAUCUGUCGUGGGCGCGAGGAGCCCUCAGCCCAGGUCCCUUCUCCUCCCAGGCAUGGACAUCACAGACAUCAUCAAGGGGAAGGCAGAGAGCGAUGAGGAAAAGCAGCACUUCAUCCCCUUCCAGCAGCUUCUACACAGCCUGCUGGGCAAAGUCACCGCCUCAAAGGGAGACAGUGGUGGGCAGGGCCUCUGGGUGACCAUGAAGAUGCUGGUAGGUGACCUCACGCAGAUCUGCAAGGACUACCCGCACCUGGUGGACAGGUGGUGGCCCGGAAGCUGGGCUUCCGAGAUCAUCAUGCCAGGGGACGUGAGGAACAUUUACAUCACGCUCUUGCAAGGUGACUUUGACAAGUACACCAAGACCUCGCAGUGGAACGUGGAGGUGAUCACGUGCGUGUGCUCCGAGGAUGGCAUGACACUAGAACGUAUCUGCAUGGGGGCCGGGGACAAACUGAUGAGCAAGUACUGCUCUGUGGUGUACUAACAGGUCAAGCAGCCAUGCUGGAUGGAGACCGUCAAGGUGGCUGUGCCCAUUGAAGACAUGCAAAGGAUUCACUUGAGGUUCAUGUUCUGCCAUUGCUCCUCCCUGGAAUCUAAAGACAGAAGCGAGUACAAUUUUGCCAUGUCCUAUGUGAAGCUGAUGAAGGAGGAGAGGACGAUGCUGCAGGACGGUGGGUCACCCAGGCUCUGUCUUCCAGGGGACAGCAAGAAGAUGGAGGACACCAGCACCUACCUGACCCUGCCUUCGGGUCAGCACCAUGUGGAGAGCAAGGGGGCCACCCUCAGCAGGAGCGCCAGCAGUGUCGGGGAGCUGUCCGUGAGCUCCCGGGACACCUUCUGCAUCUCCACCCUCGUGUGCUCCACGAAGCUCACCCAGAACCUGGGCCUACUGGGCUUGCUGAAGUGGUGCACGAAGCCACAGCUGCUGCAGGAGAACCUGGAGAAGCUGAAGAUCAUGGACGGAGAGGAGGUGGUGAAGUUUCUGCAGGACAAGCUGGGCACGCUCUUCAAGAUCAUGAUGGAGCACUCGCACACCACUGAGUACGACAUCCUGGUCUUCAAUGCCCUGAUCUACAUCACGGAGCUCAUUGUGGACCAGAAGUUCCAGCACUUCAACACCAUCCUGGAGGCAUACAUCCAGCAGCACUUCAGCGCUACGCUGGCUUACAAGAAGUUGAUGACGGUGCUGAAGACGUAUCCGGACACCUCCAGCCGAGGCGAGCAGUGCGAGCCCAUCCUGUGCACCCUGAAGGCGCUGGAGUACGUGUUCAAGUUCAUUGUGUGCUCCAGUGAGCUUUACAAGGGCAAAGAACAGACAGAGUUCAAAGAAUCCAUGAGGCAGCUCUUUGAAUUCAUCAACAACCUGAUGAAGAGUCAGCACAAGACCACCAUCCUUUUGCAGGUGGUGGCUUUGAAAUACAUUCCAUCUGUCCUGCACGACGUGGAGACUGUCUUUGACGCCAAGUUGCUCAGCCAACUGCUAUAUGAGUUCUACACCUGCAUCCCUCCCGUGAAACUGCAGAAGCAGAAAGUGCAGUCCUUGAGCGAGGUCGUUCAGAGCAACCUGUUCAAGAAGCAAGAGUGCGGGGAUACCCUGCUUCCGGUCAUUACGAAGGAGCUGAAGGAGCUGCUGCAGCAGAAGGAAGAGGGGCACCAGACCCUGGAGAAGAAGUACUGCAUCGAGCUCCUGAACAGCCUCCUGGAGGUGCUGAGUGGCCAGGACCCGGCCUUCACCUACCACCACAUCCAAGAGAUCAUGGUGCAGCUGCUGCGCACGGUGAACCAGACGGUGAUCGCCAUGGGCCGGGACCACCCUCUGAUCAUGAGUAGCCCCUUGCGUCUCGUGCCCAUGCACCCCCACGGUCCGAUCAUGAGCAGCUCUCUCGUCUCCUCACACCCGUGCACCCCCACGCUCCAAUCUGCUGGGAAGUCUGAACAAACCAGAUACAGUGAAACAGCUGCAGGAAAGAAACUCCUGCAAGAACACCAGCAGCAGCAGAAUUGUUCUGCCCUUAAGGGCCUUGCAAAAUUCAAGAAAAAGAAGAAAAGUCCCAAGGGAGGUGACCCCAAGGCAAACACCCCUGGGCAUGGUCGUUCAAUGGAGGAUACAGCCCAAGAUCUUGCUGACCCUGAGCCUCUGGUGCCUUUGCGUGCAGUCGGAGGUGACACUGUCAGGAGUGUCCGAAGUCCCAAUAACACCGAGGAUCUGCAGAGGCAAUACCAACACCUGGUGCUUGCCCUGGUCUCCAUCAAGUUAAGAAACCAGCAGCGCUGCAGUGAGAUCCAACACCUGAAGCAGGAAAAGGAACACCUGCAAGAUGAACAAGCAAAAGAGAAAGGGAAGAGGGCCCAUGUGCAAGAUGCGCUGCAAACGCAGCUGGAAGUCCACAAGCGGUAG